CGGCUGCGCGAAGGUGAGCACUUCCUUUUGGUGGGUGGAGGCCUACACGGAGAGUACGCUAUGAAGGCCUCGGGCACUCUGCGAGAGUACAAGGUGGUGGGGCGCUGCCUACCCACCCCCAAGUGCCGCACGCCGCCCCUGUACCGCAUGCGAAUCUUUGCGCCUAAUCAUGUUGUUGCCAAGUCCCGCUUCUGGUACUUUGUAUCUCAGCUGAAGAAGAUGAAGAAGUCUUCGGGGGAAAUUGUCUACUGUGGACAGGUGUUUGAGAAGUCCCCUCUGCGGGUGAAGAACUUUGGCAUCUGGCUGCGCUAUGACUCCCGCAGUGGCACCCACAACAUGUACCGGGAAUACCGGGACCUGACCACUGCGGGCGCCGUCACCCAGUGCUACCGAGACAUGGGCGCGCGGCACCGCGCCCGGGCCCACUCCAUCCAGAUCAUGAAGGUGGAGGAAAUUGCGGCCAGCAAGUGCCGCCGACCAGCGGUCAAGCAGUUCCACGACUCCAAGAUCAAGUUCCCACUGCCCCACCGGGUCCUGCGUCGCCAGCACAAGCCGCGCUUCACCACCAAGAGGCCCAACACCUUCUUCUAGGCGCAGCCUCUCGCCCGGGUCUGCCUGAAUAAAUUCCUUGGGAGCACGCUGA